AUGCUUCAUCGAUUCAGAAAUCAAACAUCACGUGUCGAUCCAGAAGGAAAUGAGCCUAAUAACGUGAACGAAGGUGAUGCUAUUAGGGAACAUGGACGGAUUGCUGAGCGUAUCCUCCACUUGUUCAUCGACCUUAACACAUUAAUUAAACCCAUUCCGCAAGGGAAUUCACCGUUACAGAGAAGAAGAGACACUGGGGAAACGGAAAUGAAGUCAAUGAUGUCUCAUGGGCAAGUUCAAACCUUCCGACUAAACCAUCAAGUGAAAUUUGGUGAGCAAGUUGGAGUCUUGGGGUCCACAAAAGAAUCCGGCUCAUGUAAAAAGAAGAACAAGAUGGGGAGUCUCAUGGUGCCUUCUAUUAUGCUUGUUUUUUGUGGUGUGUUUGCUGAGGGACCAAAUGACUCCAAACUUGGACUAAAAACCGCUAUUGGUAUCAUUGUUUCUAGAUUACUAGUGCUUCCUGUGUUAGGAAUUUGAGUUGUAACUUUUAUGUCCAUUUGAGUUCUAGAUUACAAGUGUUUCCUUUGUAGACAUGUAUAUAUAAAAUGAUGUUUUCAUAGGUUAACUUUUAUGUCAAUUUGAGUUGUAACUUUUAUGUCAAUUUGAGUUCUAGAUUAUAAGUGUUUCCUUUGUUGACAUGUAUAUAUAAAAUG